GAAUGGUAGUGAGUGCGCAUGAGUGCGGUCCGUUAUUUUCCGGGUUGUGCUCAUCGCUAGUUGCUCUGCCACAGCCGCCAGCUGACACUUGUACUGAGGAGGAGGAGGAGGAGGUCAGAUUUGACUGUCUGCCUCUCUCCCUCACGUCGUGUCUGUCUGUCUGUCCGCUUCAGAGAGGCUGCUGACUAGCGCAGAAUCAUCAUCAUCAUCAUCAUGGCGGAUCAAGGCGAAUCUCCGGCUCCAGUCCACCAUCCGCAACCAGCGCUGACAACCAGCUGGCCAAUUACCAGGGAGUCGUACGAGCUGCAGGAAGUCAUAGGUAGCGGGGCCACAGCUGUGGUACAGGCAGCCCUCUGUACCCCCAGACAGGAGCGCGUUGCCAUAAAGAGAAUAAACCUGGAAAAGUGCCAGACCAGCAUGGAUGAGCUUUUGAAAGAAAUCCAAGCAAUGAGCCAGUGCUACCAUCCCAAUGUUGUCACCUACUACACCUCCUUUGUAGUGAAGGAUGAACUUUGGUUAGUUAUGAAGCUUCUGAGUGGAGGCUCUAUGCUGGAUAUAAUAAAGCACACAAACAAAGAGGAGGACAAGAAUCGAUCGCUAGAUGAGCCUAUAAUUGCUACUAUACUAAAAGAAGUCCUAGAGGGCCUGGACUACCUGCACAGAAAUGGACAGAUUCACAGGGAUGUGAAAGCUGGAAACAUACUUCUUGGAGAAGAUGGAUCUGUUCAGAUUGCAGAUUUUGGAGUUAGUGCAUUUCUAGCCACAGGGGGCGACAUGACGAGAAACAAAGUACGAAAAACCUUUGUGGGCACACCGUGCUGGAUGGCGCCAGAGGUGAUGGAACAAGUUCGAGGCUAUGAUUUCAAAGCAGAUAUAUGGAGUUUUGGAAUAACAGCCAUAGAGUUAGCAACAGGAUCAGCACCAUAUCACCGCUACCCUCCCAUGAAGGUUUUAAUGCUUACCCUACAGAAUGAUCCGCCCACUCUAGAGACGGGUGUAGAGGACAAAGAAGUGCUAAAAAAAUACGGCAAAUCGUUCAGGAAGCUAAUAACCAUGUGCCUUCAGAAGGAUCCGGCCAAACGACCUACAGCUGCAGAGCUUUUAAAGUGUAAAUUCUUCCAAAAGGCCAAGAACAGAGAACAUUUGGUUGAAAAGCUUUUGUGUCGUGCACCAAAGAUUUCCCAGAGAGCGAAGAAGGUGAGGAGGGUCCCGGGCUCCAGUGGUCACCUGCACAAGACGGAGGAUGGAGACUGGGAGUGGAGUGACGACGAGCUGGACGAAGGCAGCGAGGAAGGCAAGGCAGCGGUGAAUCAGGGCAGGUCACGAAGGGUCAAAGAUGAGGCCAAAGAUAACGAGGAGAACGCUAACAAUGUCCCUAUUGAAGGCUUGUCUAUUCAGCAUCCCCAGGUUGAACCAUUUGAGGAUAAGCCCUACAUUCCAGGUGCUGUAAACAUGGUACUACGGCUAAGGAACUCCAGAAAGGAGCUGAAUGACAUCCGGUUUGAAUUCACUCCUGGGAGAGACACGGCCGAUGGCGUUUCCCAGGAACUGUUCUCAGCCGGCCUGGUCCACGGGCACGAUGUUGUUAUAGUUGCUGCUAACCUUCAGAAGAUUGUAGAUGACCCGACUACCUACAAAGUGUUGACCUUUAAGCUGGCUUCCACCUGCGAUGACUCGGACAUCCCAGAUGCGGUGAAGCUGAUCGGAUUUGCACAGCUGAGUGUUAGCUGAUGUUCUCUUCACUCCUGAAGCAGGUGAGCCGGGGGAGACAGUUCAGGGCAGACAGACUGAGGAACACAACAACACUUCCUGAAACUUCUUCCCCAACACACCCCCUGAAAAUGUACUCCCCCCCUCCUCCCUUCACUCCUUCACACCUUCCCCCUGACGCCAAGCUCUGCCACCGCCCUGCCUACACCUCCUUAUCGCUCACUGUUCCCUGAUUUUUGACCUUUUUCCAACAUUCCACCGCCCAGCGCACAAACAGGGAUCAGGAUACAGCCCAGGAAUCUAAAGAUGUACUCAGGUGGUGACAGGAGGAGAUUAAGAUGUAGCUUUGAAUGUUUUAAUUUAUUUUCUUCCUCUUUAUAUUUUUUUGUGUUACACAUUACCUUUACCUUUUUUCUAUUUCUACUCUACGAUUACUUAAAGGAAGAGUCAGUAGAAAUGUUCGUUGCAGCUUCUAAACACAACAUUCAAACUGGGCCCCUCUUCCUGGGCUCAUCAAUCACUGCAGUACUUUGACUGCUUGUACCCACACUGCAAGUUAGCACAAGCUAACCACCGGUGUUUGGCACCUGCCUGUCCAGAAAGCAGACCAACUCAGCGCCCCCGGGUAAAGCUAACCCAAGGUUCAAAUUGUCUUAGAGAGAUUUAUCCACUUGGCAUUUUGCCACACUAUGAAUAAAUUUUCUUUUCAUUGCUGCUACGUCCACGUCCGUGUCAUUUAGCGGUCUGAAUGACGUCUGAUCGCUGAAUUGUAUCCACUCCUUGACUCACCUUUUUGCUGCCAUUCGCUGCGGGAAGUACAUCCACCCUCACCCAGAAACGUCCCGAGUCAACCAAAACAAACCAGUCAGAGGACAGGGUCCCUGCAGACGCAGUCACCACCACAUAAAGUAUGGAGACCCAUAAGUGAUGACUGAGCAGCAUUACUUUUAUAUAAGUCUAUAUUUCAUUCUUUAGGAAAAAGCUACUGACUCUACCUUUAAGUUCUUGUUUUUGAGGAAAUGAGAAGGUAUUUCAUUUUGUUCUUUCAUGCUUUGGUGUUGCCACAGUGAAAACAAAUGUUUCUUUCUUUUGCAUCUCACCAACCCACCUAUUUGGGAUGUUUCCCUCUGAGGUCUCUGUCAGAAUGUAAGAUCCACUUCAUUUAUGGGGAAAAAGCACAUUUUUCAUAACAACGUAAUGAAUGUCUAAAACGAAUCAUAUUUCUGCGUCGAGUGGUGUUUUACAUUGACCAGAAGGGGACCAUUAGCUUGAUUGUGCAGAAAAACAAAAAACAAAAACAAAAUGAGACCUGAAUGCUACUGUGUAUAAUUUGCUGCUCUCGACAAUGCUAAUGCUUCAAAAAGUUAGAGGUGCCUUGUUAAUUUUUCUCUGUGCCUAAGAAAGUAGUGAAUGAGCAAGACGACACAAAGAGCAGACCUGCUGAUGACCAUUUCACAAACCUAUUACUGCAGCAAAGAUACAGUUAAAGUAUAUUAACUUAAAGAGACAAGCUACAAUGCACUUUUGGGAUGAGUGUGUGCACAGUACAAGCAGAUGCUUAACCCCCGGAGACAAAUCAAACAAACUAGAACCUGUAGUCCUGUAAUCUGCUCUGGUUGUAUUCAGACAGCAGGUUAAUAAACACAAACCACAAGAGUUUCAUUUUCUCGCUCUGUCCUGCUGCACUACAAAACCUUUUUUUCCCCAAAAAAAUAAAAAUAGAGUUGUUUCUAAAAUGUACUGUAUGACAAUGCAUCUGAGGAUGAAACCAAAAGGCAACUAUUGUAAGAGUGACGAGCCAUCUGUUUGUCCAAACAAGUCCAGUAGUGCUUAAUUAUUUUCAAGUAUUAAGAUGGUAAAUAUUAACUUCUAAUAAAAUCUUUAUUAUGAGGUAACUUAUUGUUGUUUUUUUAUGUACAGUAUGUGAACCAUUUCAGCAUAUUAUCCCCUGUUCUCUCUGUAAUCAGCUGAUGUCAAAUUUCUGAUGAGGAGCAACAAUAAAGAAUUGCUAUUA